AUGAUGUCACAGAAAUUUCAAAUUAAUCAUAAUUAUUCUUACCAACCAAGUUUAUUUUGGAUAAAAACUGUUCAAGCACAUACAUCUUUCUUAUUUUCAUUUAUUCUAUUUUUUGCUUAUGCAAUUAUAUUUCUAAUUGGUUUCAUCGCAAAUAUAUUAGUCAUUGUUAUAAUUAUAAAACGUCGACAUCUUAUUACAACACUUAUUUGUUUACCACCAACUGUAUAUCCUUAUUAUGAUAAACGUUGGAUAUUUGGAGAAUUUCUUUGUCGAUUUGUACCAUUUAUGCAAGGUACAUCAGUAGCUGUCUCGAUUUUUACAUUAAUGGCUGUCAGUAUUGAUCGUUUCAUUGCUAUUCAUAAACCAAUACAUUCAAAAUUACUUUGUACUCCAAUACGAGUACUAAUUACUGUUGCAUUUGUCAUAAUGAUUCCACUUAUUUUACAUCAUCGAAUAGUCGAUCCAUUUGAAAUAAUAUUAACCGCAUGCGCUGAAGACUGGGAUCAAAAUAUGAACGCUCGAUUAGCCUAUGGUUUUAUUCUACUGUUUGUUCUUUUUAUAUUACCAUUAACAUUGAUGACGUAUUGCUAUGUUCAUAUAAGUUUUUCUCUAUGGUUUAUUGAUUCAAAUGUUCAAACACCAUUAUCAUCAACAACAACCAAUGCCGCACGUUGUUCAACUAUUUCAGAAGAUUUUCCAAUAGAUAUUCGAACGAAUUCUGCACAAAUACUCGAUCAUUAG